AUGAGAAGGCAUCAGUGCGGGUUGUACACUGGUGAAGGUCGGAUGUGCGUGGUGUUGCGCUCCCGUAUUUUACAUCAACAACGUGUAGUGCUGUGGGGAAAUAUUCGUUACUUCCGUCCGCUAGUCUAUAUAGUAUUAUUAGUUUAAUUGCUGUUAUAUUUAACAAGAACUGUCCAGCAAAAGAGGUUCUCACUGAUACGGGAAGCCGUUGGAAGACCAGACCAUCUAUUUUGAUAAGCUUAGUGAGAUCAAAGCUUGGUGAAGCUUACACGCACACGAUGAGCUUCCCCGACCCACUACGAACCCAGGACCCACAUUAUGGUCUCACCGCCCAUACCACCAUUACCACCCGCACUCACCCCAUGGGCGACCCACACACCAGAUUCUCAGACAGAUCAGAGCACCUAAGUGACACUCGGCUUCACUCUGGAGUGCCGACACUCACCCAUCACAGUGUCGGGGCGGCGCGAGUGGCAGCAUCCAGCGUGGGCGGCCGUGGGGCGGUGGGUGCCCUGGUCAUGGUGUAUGGGUCAGCUGAGGUCUGCGCCCGCAAACAAUGUGGUCUCAUAUUUAUGCCCAACAUGCCCAGCAUACCCCACAGCAACAGCGUACAAGACAGGUGGUGGAAGCCCCAGGUGGUGGAGGCCCUCCAGGUGGUGGAAGCCCCAGGUGGUGGAGGCCCUCCAGCUGGUGGAAGCCCCCAGGUGGUGGAGGCCCUCCAGCUGGUGGAGGCCCUCCAGCUGGUGGAAGCCCCAGCUGAUGGAGGCCCUCUAGCUGGUGGAAGCCCCCAGCUGGUGGAGGCCCUCCAGCUGAUGGAAGCCCCUAGCUGGCGGCGGCUCUCCAGCUGGUGGGGUAGAAGUGGAAUAUUUAAACGGCCUUGGGGAGAAAUCAAAUAUUUGUCUUCAAAACCACAUUAUCACCUGCGACGCCAUGAGUCUCCACAGUUAGCACUAGAUAUUAAUACUGCGGUAUCACCAGAGGAACUCAUUGCAGACUCCAACCCGUCCCAGAGAAAAGAGAAGCUCAACAGACCUUCCUCCCUGGAUAUUCUGCCUGCCAUGUAUUCCUCAGAAGACUCCAUAUCCCUGACUCCCAUCGUCCAGGACCUGCAGAUGGAAGAGGAAGAAGAGGAUCACUUCCAGAUGGGGGACACGACUGUGGAUGUUAUAUCAGACGUGGCGGCGGAGCUGCUGGCUGACACCAUAGACUCUGUCAUCGAGCUCUCAAACUCCAUUUCCAAGCUUAUUAACUGUGAUGCAGAAGAUGAGAGGCCGUGUAUCUGUACCAAGUAUGUGAAUCUUGACGUUGGUGAGGAUCUUUCUGUACCGGAAGAUUUUUCUCUAGAAGAAUGGUUGUCUGGCAAGUGGUGGAGACAUCUGGUGGCUGGAGGAGUAGCUGGUAUGGUGUCUAGAACUUGUACAGCUCCACUGGACAGACUCAAGGUCUUCCUUCAGGUUCAUGGAGCUAAACAGUUUCAGGGCUUGGCAAACUGUUUUAGGUACAUGUUGAAGGAAGGUGGUGUUACAUCCCUCUGGAGAGGCAAUGGUAUUAAUGUAUUAAAGAUAGCACCAGAAUCAGCUUUAAAGUUUGCUGCUUAUGAACAAGGCAAAAGAAUGGUCUUACAGUUUGGUGGAAGUAGAGAGAGAGAAUUGUCAAUAUAUGAACGAUUUGUAGCCGGAUCUUUUGCGGGUGGAUUUUCACAGACUGCCAUUUAUCCCCUUGAGGUGUUAAAAACUAGAUUAGCCUUAAGAAAAACAGGCCAGUAUAAAAGUAUCCUUGAUGCAGCUAAGAAGAUCUAUAGACAAGAAGGCCUUAGAUCUUUUUACCGUGGAUAUGUCCCAAAUCUCCUUGGCAUUAUACCCUAUGCAGGGAUUGAUCUCGCAAUAUAUGAAACCUUGAAGAAAACAUAUAUGCAGCAUCACAAAGAAAAUACCAAUCCUUCUGUGUUUGUCAUAACAGCUUGUGGAGCAUUUUCAUCCUCAUGUGGGCAACUUGCGUCUUACCCCCUGGCCCUUGUUCGUACAAGGCUACAAGCACAAGUGAUAACUCCAGGUGUGGUACACGACCACCCCAUCACCAUGUCAGGGCUGUUUCGACACAUAUUCGCCACUGAAGGGGUGUUUGGUCUGUAUCGUGGGAUUACGCCAAACUUCAUGAAAGUGGCGCCGGCUGUGAGCAUCUCUUAUGUUGUGUAUGAAAAAUGCCGGCAAGCACUAGGUGUAACAAUGACUUAAUGUCCUUGUUUCUGUUUUAAAGAAGGUCUUUUGAAAUGAAGUAAUUUAAAAAAAAUUGGUAUUAUUACAUCAUUUAUUAAAAUGUUAUAUAAAAACAUUGGCAAAAUAUUAAGUUUAAAUUUGAUAUUUUAAUUGCUUAAAAGGUUCUGCUGGUGUCUAAUUUGUAUGGAGUACUUCAUGUGUCUAUACUGACCUCCAUGUUAGUGCAAUAGAAAACUGAUUCUAUACUUUUAAAGCAUAUUACUAUAAAGAAUUAAAUGUUUCCAAUAAACACCCAAUAUUAUAAA